UGCCACUAUAAAUCGUAUUGUUGAUAAAUAUUUCCGUUUGAUAGGCGGGAUUUUUAAAUUUCUAUAAUUAUUAAUUAAUUAGGUUCUAUGAAAAGAAUCCUUGUCAUAGUAAUUAUUAUUUUAAUUAGAUAUUGUUAUUAACUGAUGGAUUAAUAAAAAAUACUUAAUGUAUGAUCAUUUAAUGAGGAGAAUAAAUGUGUAAAAUUUGAGCGUGUGAUUGAUUACAUAUGAGCAGUUUUUGGAGGUUUAAUUUUGACAUGACGUAAAAGACCCAAUUAUUGACCGCGUACCAAUUGCUUACUAUUUUAUUCUAUUAUUUAUUUGCCUUGCUUAAUAAAUUUAAAUGAAUUAUAAAUAUUUAAAUAUAAUUUAAAAAAUAUCCCGAUUCAAAAUUUUCACUAAAUUUUGUGUAAAUUCAAAAUUUACGUUUGAUUUUUAUUUAAUUUUUUUGAAUAAUUAAUUGGAAUUUAUUCUGCUCAUUAAUUCCCAAUGAGCGCACUUGGUUUUUUGACAUCUAUAAGAUGUCAAUUUUAAGGCUGUCAAUUUUUUGACCUAUCGAUAAGACACCAAAAUGUUGACAAGACGAAAAAAGCAAAAACUUGUCAUCAAAAUAAUUGGCGGCAAAAAUUUAAAUACAAAUAAAUCAUCUGAGCGACUUGUCAAUCGAGAUGACAUUUUUGAAUUUAAACAAAAAAAUUAUGAUUGUAAAUGAAAUUUUAAAAAAUCCGCAUACUAAUUUUUCAAUUAUCUAAGUACUCAUUUAUUAAUUUUUAUUCUAAUACUUACAUUUUAUUUAUUUAUUCAAAAAUUUCAAAACUACUGUCAGCUACAUUCACACUAAUAACAAAUUGACGAUUGUAUAAUUUAAUUAUUUAUCUAAUACACAUAUUUAUAUUUAUAUGAGUAAGCUGAAGAUAUGCCGGUUUCAAUAGGAAACACUAAAAAAUUAUUUAUCAAACAUGUCAACGUCAUUUUUUAAAAAAUAUAAAGUUAUUGAAAAAAUUGGAGAAGGUUCAUUUUCCGAAGUAUUAAAAUGCCAAGACAGAACAACAGGCAUUUAUUAUGCUGGAAAAAAAUUAAAAAAAAUAUUUACAUCGAUGAAUGAAAUGCUUGAAAGUCCUGAAGUCAUAGUGAUGAGAAAAAUUACCCGACAUCCAAACAUACUACACAUGAUAGAGUCACACUACAAUCCUAUGACUGGUAAAGUAAUUUUAAUUUUUGAAUUAAUGGACAUGAGUCUGUACGACCUGAUAAAAAGCCGGAAGAGUCGGGUCAUGUCUGAGCAGAAAAUAAGAAUUUAUUUAUAUCAGUUACUGAAAGGGUUGGAGCACUUGCACAAAAAUGGUAUUUUUCAUCGCGACAUAAAGCCCGAAAAUAUUCUCGUGAAGGGUGACCUGGUGAAGCUCGGAGAUCUCGGUUCCAUUCGUGGAAUUUACAGUAAGCCACCAUACACUGAGUACAUAUCCACCAGAUGGUACAGAUCACCAGAAUGUUUGCUGACAAAUGGAUUUUAUGGUCCCAAAAUGGAUGUCUGGGCAAUUGGUUGCGUUUUCUACGAGUUGCUGUCAUUGAAACCUUUGUUUCCUGGAUCAAAUGAAAUCGAUCAAAUUGCUAAGAUCCAUGCGGUCUUGGGGACACCCCAUGCUCGAGUCAUAGCUAAAUUUCGUCGAUUAAAUAAGUCCAGGGAUAGCGAGUACUCUUUUCCCAAUAAAGGAACCGGGUCAGGAUUCACGAGCUUGCUGCCUCAUGUCUCGGAAACAGGGAAAGAACUUUUGAGACUGAUGCUUAUUUAUGAUCCUGAAAAUCGAAGUAAUGUCAAACGAUUAUUAGAACAUAGAUACUUUAAUAAUUUGAAAGAAUGUGAUACACCGAGACAAGCAAGCAGCUUCACGUUGCCAUCAGUAGACUCUUAUCAGUGGCGCAAUCCCGUUCUCAGCUACAUUGCAUCAGAAAAACGUCGUCGCUUUAAACCACUAAGCACUCGACGACCUAAAGUAGUCGAAGAUUUUUCAUCCAGAGGAUCACGAUUCAUCACUUCAAGCCCAAGUCGUCAAAACUUUAUCAGCAAAUCGAGUAUUUCAAAAUUGAAUACUCACAUAAAAGAAGAUACUUCUCUAUAUUUAAUUCAUGAAUCAAAAAGAACUUAUGAGAAAUCUUGGAGAACUUGUGUCUAUACAACAAGAACUGAACGAUGUACUGAAUCGCCAAGACCAAAUGCAAGUGUCUGCAAAUUACCGAUGAUUAAAAAUAAUAAUAUAUUUAAAAUGUCUGGAGAAACUGGAGACGCUGCUUCAAAAAUAAAUCGAAAAAAUAUUCAAUGUACUUUUACUCCUCAGUACAAUUUGCGAGGACGUGAUUUCUAUCCGAAUUUCCGGCAAAAACUUCAAGCUAAAGACAAAUCAGACGACAAUCGAUUAUCAUAUCUGCCGCAGAUACCGCAGAAGCCGGUUCCAGAACGACGUCAAGCGGCGCCAACGAUCUCAGCACCACAGCAAAAUACUGUAACUGAAGGCGGCAAACGUAAGACAAGAUUAGCAACAAUUACGGAAACCCGAGUCACACUUCCGCAUACCAGGUCAUCUAAUAUAAAGAGUCCAGCUAAAAAAAUAGCCAAACAUGAAACGACAACAAAAUCACUUGGGAAAAUUUUACCAGCUAAAAAAACGGCACCCGCAAGACGUCUACGGGGUAAAGGAGUUUAAAAUUGUCAUUUCAAUAUCCUAAAUUUAUUGUAUUUUAAUAUUUAUAAUAGCUAAAGACUUUUGAAAUUAUAUAUAUAAAGAAAAUUUAUACUUUGUUUCGAUACAAUCAUAUAGAGCCUCAAAAAAAUUUAUGGCACUUGACUGUCAUUUGAACAAUGAUUAAAAAUUACACGUUAUUCUAAUGAAUA